CUGUUUUUCAGCUUUCCCCCACGUUUUCCAAAGUAACUAUUUAAAGAUCUGCAGUCGCAAAUGGUUUUACUAAAUGUAGGAUGGGACUUAAGUUGAACGGCAGAUAUAUUUCUCUGAUCCUUGCUGUACAGAUAGCGUACCUGGUGCAGGCGGUGAGAGCAGCGGGGAAGUGCGAUGCGGUCUUUAGGGGCUUCUCGGACUGUUUGCUCAGGCUGGGCGAUAACAUGGCCAACUACCCGCAGGACCUGGACGACAAGAGAAAUCUCCAAACGAUCUGCUCGUACUGGGAUGAUUUCCACUCCUGCACCCUCACAGCCCUCACGGAUUGCCAGGAAGGCGCGACAGAUCUUUGGGAAAAACUGAAAAGGGAAUCCAAAAACCUCGAUUUUCAAGGCAGCUUAUUUGAACUAUGCGGAGGAAGCAACGGGUCAGCUCCUUCCCUACUCCUCCCUGCCUUCCCCCUGCUCCUGCUGGCUCUCUCUGCAGCGUUAGUGACCUGGUUCUCCUUCUAGGAGGUCUCUUCUGGUAGAACACACAUACCCACCCACACACACACUCUCCAUAUACUGGAUUUAUAGAGGAAGUGUCCAUCCGUUUUUUGGGGACCGUUGUGAUUAUCUGUGAUGAUGAAACAUCCAUAUAGGAUUGUGGAAACGUUCUCUCUUUAUUUUGUGUUUUAUUUGCCAAAUGUUACCAAACAAUGAGCAACAAACAGCCAAAAUCGGACCUCAGCUUUAGUGUCUCUUCAAAUAAAAAUAGAAAACCCGAGCCCUUUGUGCAAAAGAAUCUCAGGAACG